AUGGGCGGACGAGGAUGCAAGCAGGGAAUGGGAAAAACUGCCGCCGCUAAGAAGAGCGAGAUGAUCCGAAUGGUUAGGUCGAGGGACCCCCGAGCCCUACAAGAAACCGGGGAAGCUGUCGGUCAGGUUGGUAAAGCUGGCUGGGCUGUCUGGCUGUCUGGCCUUCAGUCUGGCCAGGCGAAAAAGAGGAAUAAAAUAGGGACAAUUUUCGAUGCCAACGCGGAGAGGCAAGGGUUCAACCAUUCGCAAAAUGCUGAUUUGUGGAGGGUUGAUCACAGAAGCUGCUUGCUGGGCCCUCAAGGUUGCGCUGCGGUUUUCCAGUGGAGCUUCGGGCACUAUUACUGGUCUGGCCGUCUUUGCGCAGACUCGGGAUGUUGUCGGGUUGUAAGACUGUGCAAUUUUAUGGAGGGUCUCAGGGCAGACGAGGUUGAAUUGUCUAAGAGUCGGAGAAUAUGA